AUGGAAAUUGUCUUUGUUUUGGAAGCAUGCCCAGUGCCAUAUGUGAUUCGGGGAGCAUGGUACUCAAGAGAAUGGGGACGAGAUACUGUUACAGAAUUUGAUGCCAUUUCUAUGUCUGACAGAGGAGAGUGCCAUGAUAUGCUCAAGACUCAUAAUGACAACUUCACUUUUGUCUUUUUGGAUUCAUCCAGUUGCUACCACUGUGUACAGAUCCUUGUGCGGACUGUCAACAUCAUUGAGAAAAGAGAAAAAUCUGUACAAAUGUGGAAAUUUGAAUUUGAAGAUGCAGGGAUGUACCAGUAUGGCCAAACUCCUGUGGGACCUGGAUUGCAUGACCAUACCAGUAUGGUCAUACUGCUCAAUGGAGUCUGUGAGACUGAUAUCUUCCAGUCGCUGGUGUCCACAUUGGCUAGACAUUUCCCUAGAGGAAACACAUCAAAUGUGCCCUUUCAAAACAAAGUCCUCCUUCUUGUAUGGACAUUGGCCAACCGGGACUCUUUCAGAGAACUUGGGGACCGAUUCAAUAUGAGUCGUGGUGGGGCUCACAACAUCUAUGAGCAAGAGGAGGAAGAUGAAGAGGAAGAAGAUGAGGAUGACUAUGAUAAACAUCAUGAUCCCCACUCAGACAGUGAUCCAGGUGAUGCCAGUGACAAACUGCCAGUAAUUCGCCUACUUUAUGCUCGAGGGAAGCAAAAACGGCAAAGCAUAAUGCAAAAGCCACAGAAUGAUAAACCUCAAAAGGGCUGUGUGAACCCACCCGAUGAUGAAGAGGUCGUUGUUGCACUCCCUACCCUAUUCACUGGGACUGGGGCUGGACAAUCACCAGUGUUGUUCACUGGGACAAGAUACUCACCAAUAUUGCUCACUAAGACCAGACGAUCAUCAAUGUUGUUCACUGCAACUAGUCCACCAAAGCACAUCAACCUUUAUCAGCCAUGA